UCUCGCUGAGUCCUCUCCGACGAUGAACAACGCAGAAGGCGGCAACACGAAGGUCGUCCUGACACGAGCACUCGCGGCGUCGUCCCUUGUGUUCAUCGCCGGGGCCGCCGCUGGGUACUACCGGCGGAUGCCGAGAGCCAGCAGCAAGCGAGUCGUCCCGAGGCUGGACGAUGCAAGGACGGAGUCCGGCAGCGGCAGAAAGGUGGAGAGGUUCUCGCACUACGUGGCGAGGCAGCUAGGGUUCUCAGAUCCGAGCGAGUGCCAGCAGCUGUGCAAGCUGGCGUACGACUACCUGAGGAAAAUCGACGGUUGCGAGGACAACAUCUACGAUUAUUUUGCAAGAUCCGAAGGCGGCAGCGAGCUGGAGAAAUUGCUGUCCGGGAAGCUGGUGGAGGAGCUCGAGAAAUGCAUUUUGAGCUACUUUGCUUUCCACUGGAACCACGCCCCUUCCCUAGUCUCUCAGGUGAUGAAAGAUCAAUCGCAGAAGAAGCCGAAGCUCAAAAGCGCUAUAAUGGCUGCCACAAGAUGCCUUGAGUACUGUAAAGGAAGAAGAGGUUGCCAAGAACAAGAAGUACAACAAGAAGUGCAAGGCGGAGGAUCAGGAUGUGUCGCUGCAGUUGAGCGAGCAAGACAGAGAGAAGAGAUGGCUGUUGAAGAUUGGAUGGGAAGAAUGAGUGAGCAGAUGGAAGCUGUUGCACAAAAAAUAGAAAUUUGGGAGUAGUUUUAUUUUAGAAGUUUGUUUGUCUGCACUUUUAGUCCUGUGGAAUUUAAGCUGCACAAAUGGUCAUCUAGUUACUGAAUACUUUAGUUACUUAAUCAUCAAGAUUUGUUUUGUUUAGGUGCUUGAUAUGUAUGGUGAGAUUUAUGCUUGAUUUUUAUUUUGGU